AUGGCUGCAGCAGCAGUCCACCUCCCCACCGGGGACAUCCCCUCCUUCCCCGCCUCUAACACCAUCCCCCCACAAACUAAAUCCACCCCGCAGCCCCAGACCUCCCCCCACGACGUCCACACGGUCUUAAACUACAUCAAAGAAGUUGAAGACGGUUCGCACCUGCGGCCCAAUUACGCAGGCAAAGCCGACUCCUUCGAGCGGCCGUCCGAGUCCGUGCCGACGACCAUCCACGACGUCAGCGGCCACGAAGCCGAGUACACGCUGGACGGCAACGGCUUUCAGUUCCACCCGCACGUCAGUGCGGAGAAGGACUUCCUGGACGACGAGCAGAUCAAGCGGGUGUAUUACCCGGAGGUGGAUCGGUUGCUGAGGGAAAUCACCGGAGCAACGCGAACCUACAUCUUCGACCACACAAUCCGCCGCCCCGCCGCCGACGCCCAGGCGCAGCUCCGCACCCCGGUGCACCGCGUACACAUCGACCAGUCCUUCCCCGCAGCCGUCUCGCGCGUCUCGCACCACCUCCCCGACGACGCAGAGGAACUCCUGAAAGGCCGCCACCAGAUCAUCAACGUCUGGCGGCCGCUGAAGACGGUCCGCCGCGACCCGCUGGCCGUGGCCGAGGCGCACACCGUCGACGACGCCGACCUCAUCCCCAUCAAACUGAUCUACCCGGACCGCGAGGGCGAGACCUACGCCGUGCGCGCCAACCCCGCCACGAAAUGGUACUACCGGCAUGCGCAGACGCCCGAAUGGGUCACGCUGAUCAAGUGCUACGAUAGCAAGACGGACGGGCGCGCGCGUCGCGUGCCGCACUCUGCGUUUGUGAUUCCGGGGACCGAGGACGAGGAGGCGAGGGAGAGUAUUGAGGUGCGCGUUUUGGUGUUUACGCCCGAGGAUCGGGAGUAG